AUUUUAUCAGUUUUGAAAUAAUGGGAAUAUUUUAAUCGAAUUAAAUGUUCUUAAAAGAAAUAUUCGAGUUGGUAUUACACUAAAUUUUAAUACAAUUCUUCGAUAUUUUUGUAGUGAAAAGGGUCCAUUAUAUAAUUUUCAAUUUUUAAAUGGAACAAGUGCGGCUUAUAUUGAAGAAAUGUACCAAAAUUGGAAAAAAGAUCCAACUAAAGUUCAUUCCUCUUGGGAUGUCUUUUUUAAAACUGAAACCUACGCGUCUCCACCUGGAAUAUCACCAAACUCUACACAACAAAUAACCAAAACACCACAAGUUAGUCAAGUUACCAUAUCAACUACUUCUAAACCUGUUCCGCAAAAAAUUGAACCUGCAAAACAACCAAUACAAAAACCAAUCGAAUUUCCUCCGAAGACAUCAACAGUCGAAGAAAGAAAAUCAAAAGAUACGAUUUUACUACAACCGCCACCACCGAUGCCACCUAUUGAUUCUAGAUUAGUAAUCUCCAAAGAAGUGGAUACUCGAUUCUUAAAUUUGAAUACAGUCAGUGAUGUUGAAGAACAUACACAUAUUUACAUGUUGAUGCAAAGUUAUCAAGUGAGAUUUAUUUUAAACUGGGACCUACAAUUACUUACGUACUUUUGA